AUGCAAAGCGCCAUAGUAGCGCUGCUAAGCGUCCUGGUGUUCUGCUGCUACAGCGUGCAACCAUGCAACGGGCUGCUGAAGAUAAUUCUGGACUUUGAUCGUUGGGAAUUGGCAGGUGGACAGGAUAUUGUCAGCAUGGAAUCGAUUCGUGUGAGGAAGUACAACCGUACAGUAUCUGUGCUCAAUGGAACAGGAAGGCUACUCGUUGAUCUGGAUGAUAAGUAUGAGUAUGGAUUUAGCUUUGCCCGCAGUGCCCUGGGAAACAACCAGUUCAAUGCGUACCCGAUGAAGAUACCCUCACGCCCCAUGUGCCAGUUUCUCAAUACGUACUACCGCGAGUAUCAGCAUAUGUUUCUGAAGUACACCAAUCUUCCGUCCGUACCGGAGGAGGGCCUGUGCCCGUUUCCGAAAGGCACGUACUGGGCAAAGGAUGCAUACGUUGACUCGUCCGUCGUACCGCAAGCCGUGCCGGAGGGGUUUUGGCGGGUACGUCCCGAGCUACGGUUGGUGGAGACGGGAGAGGCGGUCGCAACUGGAUCGUUCUACUUUAGAAUAACCAAGGAGUGGUAUUAG